CCAAGAAAACUGUGAAUCGAGAAAAGUCUCAGCUUAGGAUUUUCUUUCCCAAGUUGAAAAAGAUGAAGUCGUUACCUUUUAGUGGAACUGGCAAGCACAAAUAUAGUUUCCAACGCAUUGAAGUUCCUUCUCUCCCAACCCAUUUCUGUGAUUGUGAGGAACACUCUGGCCCUCCUCACACUGCUCAAAAACAAUACUUUUGUGAUUGAGAGCCACAAAGUGGUGGGAUGAACAAGGAGGAGCUUAAUAUGAUGAACUCAGUAAUGAACAAGAUCUUUGAGAGGGAAACUGAUUUAAAGGUGGCAUAUAAUGUGACUGGACUGACCAAGGGAGGACACGAUUCCCUCAAAUCAACUAAUGAAUAGCUAAUUGAUGACAAUGAAUCAGAUCAUGCAGCAGACGAGGAUGAACUGCAAAUUGAUGACAAUGAAUCAGAUCUUGCAGAAGAUGAGGAUAACCUUGUAAUUAACAUGUUCACUGGGUGACACAGAAUGGCUUUGCUAGGGAGCCAGGAACAGGAACCAAUAUCAAUGAAUCGGUCAAGAUUCAAUGAUACCUGGAUGUCGACAAAUGGGCCACCCCAGAUUACUUUUCCUUCUACCAAGAAGAGGAAAUCACUUCAUAUUGAUGAGAGUGAUGGAAAUGAAUCUUUGUCUGCCAUCCCUGGAAAGAAGCCAAGCUUGCAAACCCAUUCAAAUGAUUCAGGAGUACAAUCGGGUGCUCAAACUAGUGAACUGAGACCAGGCAUCCAGAAAACAACUGCCAAUCUUUCAUGGUCUCAGAAAUCUUCAUGGAGAGAACUUGUAGGUGAUGAGGGCAACAGUCCAUUCAUCAUCUCAGAUAUGCUGCCAGGUGUUGCUUCAAGAAAACAAGAGCAGGCAAAGUCUGAUGGUCUAAAUGACCAUGAUAUUAUUGACAGAAAAAGCAAAACCUAGUAAACCAUGAAAACUUGGAAACCCAAUCUGGAAAAUUGAAAGGGCUGGAGGGCAUCGUAGAAGCUCAGCCUCCCAUACCUGAUGAAGUUGUAAAAAGGUCUGGUAGAGGUGCUUCAUGGCUCCAGAAAUCCUCAUGGACGCAACUUGUUAGCGAGGCUAAUAGUAGUUCAUUCAGCAUCUCACAAAUUCUGCCUGGGAUUCCUUUUCAAAAACAAAAGCUACCAAAAUUCUCUGAUGUGGACCUUGCAGUUUCCAGUGGUAGCAAGCACCAUGAUCAAGUGAAGCAGCAUACAAGUGAGACUAUAAGAGAUGGAAAUGAAAAAUUGGAAGUUGGAAAAGGAUUCACUACUACUAGUAGCUCUGAUAUGGUAGCUUUGGAUGAAGAACAUAAUUUUGUUGAUCUGGAUGUUGAGAAGAGUACACCAGAAAAAGGUGUACAGAUGA